AGCCGACUCUUUCUCACCGACUCUUUCCUCGUGUGAAAAAUCGAUAGUAAAACAAUUCUUUUAAACAAUUCAUUUUAAGGCAAAGAAAAACAAAAUUUUGUGCAUAAAAAUGGCUGAGUUCGACUUAACAGCAAGAAAUUGUCAAUACCUUGACCGGCAUUUAACUUUUCCCUUAUUGGAAUUCCUGCUUAGCAAAGACAUUUACGAUAGAAAUAUUCUUCUUAAAUAUAUUUUGGAUAUACUCAGCAAAACUAAUAUGAUUGAUUAUACGUUGGACAUUCGUAAGCGUCUCAAUUUGGAGGACCAAUUGCCGGACGAGCUUUCGCAAAAACGUAUUACGGUUCUUGCUAAACUGAAGGAGUUGCAGAAUGAAGUGAACCCUUUGAUGAAAUGCAUGGAUGAAUUGAAGAAUCGGGAUACCAUGAAGGAUUCAAAACAGUUAAUGAAUGUACUCCAACAAGAAUUUAAUUUUGAUGCUGACAUUAUUGAUAGUGUUUACAAGUUGGCAAAAUAUUUAUAUGAAUGUGGUAACUAUUUGGACUCCAUCAGUUAUCUCUACAUUUGUUUGAUGGCUAUGCAACCGACAGACAAAAACUAUUUAAAUGUUUUGUGGGGUAAACUGGCAGCAGAAAUUCUCACACUCAAUUGGGGAACCGCUUUAGAUGAUCUGAAUCGCCUGCGUGACUAUAUUGACAACCACAACUUUACUAAUAUUCAGGUAUUGCAGCAACGAACUUGGCUUAUCCAUUGGAGCGUUCUAGUGUUUUUUAACCACGCAAAAGGACGUGACCUGAUUAUUGAAAUGUUUUUGUAUAAGCCAUUGUAUUUGAAUGCUAUUCAAACAAUGUGUCCUCACAUAUUGCGUUAUCUUGCUACGGCUGUCAUCAUAAAUCGUAGUCGUCGAAAUGCACUCAAAGACUUAAUUAAGGUCAUUCAGCAGGAAUCAUACACGUACAAAGAUCCAAUCACUGAGUUUCUGGAACAUUUGUAUGUCAAUUUUGACUUUGAAGGUGCUCGCAUGAAAUUACACGAAUGUCAAACUGUCAUCUUGAAUGAUUUCUUUAUCAUUGGAUGUUUAAAUGAGUUUGUAGAAAAUGCUAGAUUGAUGAUUUUUGAAACAUUUUGUCGUAUUCAUCAAUGUAUAACAAUUGGUAUGCUAGCGGAUAAAUUAAACAUGAAAACGGAUGAAGCCGAAUGCUGGAUCGUAAAUUUAAUUCGUAAUGCUCGUCUUGAUGCAAAAAUUGAUUCCAAAUUGGGUCAUGUGGUAAUGGGAACACAACCCUUAAGUCCAUACCAACAGCUGGUCGAGAAAAUAGACUCUCUGAGUGUUCGAAGUGAGGCUUUAACAGUGUUAGUAGAGCGGAAGAAUAAAGCUAAGAAUCAAGACGGCAGUGACAAUAACUGGAAGUAUUACUAAGUAGUUGAAACAGGAAAUUUUCAUGAAAAAGAUAUUGUCAUCUUUCAACUUUAGCAGAAACACUUUUUUUUAUUAACUUUAUAAUUGUUUUGAUAAUAGACACUACUAAUGAAGGAAGAAAAAAACAU